UGAAAACACAACUGGGGGUGACAUGUGUGCUCCGCUCCCAAUCUUCGCUUAAACGAUUCUCACUUGGCUCUCUCUCUGGCGGAGAUCCUUACCGGAAAGCGUGAUUGCCGUCGUCUUUUUCUAAUAAUAGCAUCUCUCUCUUUCUCUGUCAGUCAAAUAUCACUCUCAGUGCCGCCCAUUUCUAUCAAAUCUCCUUGACAGUCGGUGCUUACUUCUUGGCUCUUGCUUCCUCUCCCCCAGUUAGCGUUAGUAUUAGCUUCAAAAUGCAGCAAGAAUCAAACCCAGAGAUAGGCUUAUUUUCUACUAACAAAUGUUGAGUUCUCCGAAACUGCUUUCUGGGUUUUCAUAGUUUUCUUUUUCUUGCAGAUUUUCGGGUUUUUUUUGGAUGUUAUGGAUGGGGGGAGAGAGGGGGUGGAGUAGGAUUUGGGAGUAAUUUGGCACAUGGGAGAGGAGAUGUGAGGACUGAGGAACUUCUUCAUUCCGUUUGAUGAUGGUGGCUGCCAUUUCUGCAGCUGCUUCUACUGCUAACCCCAAAACGUCCUCACAACAGCAAGAGAGUAAUCAGAACCUAGCAAGGCCCCCGUUAUUACCUUCCGAGAGAGACAAUGGCGUUGUUGGUCCCCGGAGGCCCAAAUCGAGAGAAAUCACUUCCAGGUACAUGUCCCCUUCGACUUCGACAAAUUCGUCCUCUUCCUCCAGGCGUUGCCCAUCUCCUCUCGUUUCGAGACCGACCUCUUCGACCUCAGCCAACACCCUGUUACCGGCGACGGCUCAUUCGAUGAUCAAACGGUCGCAGUCAGUUGAGCGGAGGCGGCCUGCAACCCCUCGGCCGACUACGCCGUUGCCCGAGUCGAGAACGGGUAAUGCAGCUGAAGUAUCGGCGGCUUCCAAGAUUCUGUUCACUUCGACACGGAGCUUGUCAGUUUCUUUUCAAGGGGAGUCGUUCUCGCUUCCGAUUAGUAAGACGAAGGCGGUUCCCUCACAGAAUUUGAGCAAUGCGAGGAAGGCUACCCCGGAGCGGAGGAAAACGACCACUCCAUUGAGAGGCAAGGUCGAUGGUGGCGGAGGUAGAGAUCAGACGGAGAAUUCCAAGCCUGUCGAUCAGCACCGUUGGCCCGGAAGAACCCGGCAAGUGAAUUCUCUCACUAGAAGUAUGGAUUGUACCGCGGAGAACAAAAAACUGAUUGGAUCUGGGGCGGUGGUACGGGCGCUGCAGCAGUCGAUGAUUGAGGAGGGUCGAAGAGCGUCGUUUGAUGGAAGAUUGCAUCAGGAUACAGGCAAUGCGGAAUUGGUGAAGUCGGUUCAGCGUGCCCUGGAUGUCGGUUAUUCGAAUGGCUUAGCGGUGCCUUCCGAUCUCACUGCGUCGGAUACGGAGAGUGUCUCCUCGGGCAGCACUUCGGGUGCACAGGAAUGCAGUGGAGUAUCUAGAGGACGAAGUGGGCCUCGAGGCAUCAGUGUACCCGCAAGGUUUUGGCAGGAGACGAAUAGCCGGUUGAGGCGUCUGCAAGACCCAGGUUCACCAUUGUCCAUGACCACUGCUUCAAGGACAGCAGCUGCUGCCCCACAAAAGCUCAUUCCAUCUAAGAAGUCAUUAAGUGAUAGUCCCAUAUCGUCUCCACGGACAGUCUCAACUGGGAGUGGCAGGGCACCGUCAUCCCCUCUCCGAGGUCCCGCCAGGCCUGCAUCCCCAAGUAAGCUUAUGACGUCAUCGAUUUCUUCUCCCUCAAGGGGCAUGCCCAGUCCAUCUCGGACAAGGAAUGCAGCGGCGGCAAGCUCCUUGAGCAAUUCAGGCAACAUGCCUUCCAUUCUAAGUUUUGCUGCUGACGUCCGGAGAGGUAAGGUGGGGGAAAACCGAAUUGUUGAUGCACACCUAUUGAGGCUCCUCUAUAACCGACAAUUGCAGUGGCGUUUUGUGAAUGCGAGAACUGAUGCUUCUUUAUUGUUGCAAAGACUGACAGCAGAGAAAAAUCUAUAUAAUGCAUGGGUAACAACCACAGAACUACGCAAUUCUGUCACAGUUAAAAAGACCAAGUUACAAUUACUGAGGCAGAAUUUGAAGCUAACAUCAAUCCUUAAAGGACAAAUGACAUAUUUGGAAGAGUGGGCCCUUCUGGACAGGGACCACUCUAGUUCUUUAUCAGGAGCUAUUGAGGCAUUGAAGGCAAGCACUCUCCGCCUUCCAGUUGUUGGUGGCGCAAAGGCAGAUAUACAAAAUGUGAAGGAUGCUGUUGGUUCAGCAGUUGAUGUGAUGCAGGCUAUGGCAUCCUCUAUAUGCUCUUUGCUAUCAAAGGUGGAGGCAGUAAAUUCCUUGGCUGCUGAACUAGCAAAUGUGACUGCACAAGAGCGGGCUUUGCUUGAUCAAUGCAAAGAUCUCUUGUCCACAUUAGCAGCUCUGCAGGUGAAGGAUUGUAGUCUGAGAACACAUUUAUUACAACUAAAACGUGUACCGAGAAACCUGACAAUGCAAGCGUAGACUGAUCUUAUUUGACUACUUACUCAAAUGCUAACAUCACAUCAAACCCUUCUUUUUUUCCCCUGGAGGCAGUGCCUGGGGUAAUAAGAAAGUGCUGAGUGGCUGGUUGUUCGGGUGAAGAAAUCGGUUGUUCACUUUGACCUCUUUCGAACACAUGGGGUCAGCUGUAUCAUGUAUUUUUGUACUCACCAUCUCACAAGAAGUGACCUUUCCCUCAAAUUCAUAUUAGCUGUAUACAAAAUACCUUUUGUUCCCUACAGGUGAAAGGAAAGCUGAUGUAAAUAUGUAUUGAUGCUUCCAAUUUAUUCUCUCUAUUUAGUAGUUCA